UCAUUUCAUACUGGUCGUCACUCGUGAGAGACACGUUGAUGCUGAGAAACAUUUAAAGAGAUUCACCUUUAAACCAAAACAACAGCUUCUACAGAGAGAGGAGGGAAAACAGGACGACAGCAACUUCAACCUGCAGCGACUCCACACACCAACUCUUCACUCAGAGAGGACAUGUCUGGGUCUGAGCCUCUCUGCAGUCUGCACUCUGAGAAACUCAGACUCUUCUGUCUGGACCACCAGCAGCCAGUGUGUGUCGUCUGUCGAGACUCAAAGACACACACCAACCACAGCUUCAGACCCGUUGAUGAAGCUGCAGAGGAUCACAGAGAGGAGCUCCAGAAAGCCCUGAAGCCUUUACAAGAGAAACUGAAGCUGUUUGAACGAGUUAAAGGAGACUGUGACCAAACAACACAACACAUCAAGGUCCAGGCCCGACACACUGAGAGCCAGAUCAAGGAGCAGUUUAAGAAGCUUCACCAGUUUCUACAGGAGGAAGAGGAGGCCAGGAUCACUGCUCUGAGGGAGGAAGAGGAGCUGAAGAGUCGCAUGAUGAAGGAGAAGAUGGAGGCUCUGAGCAGAGAGAUAGCAGCUCUGUCACACACAGUCAGAGCCACAGAGGACGAGCUGAGAGCUGAAGACCUCUCAUUCCUGAAGAACUACAAGGCUGCAGUGGACAGAGUCCAGCAGCGCCCCCUGCUGGAGGAUCCACAGCUGCCCUCAGGAGCUCUGAUAGACCAGGCCAAACACCUGGGCAACCUGACUUUCAACAUCUGGAACAAGAUGAAGGACCUGGUCUCCUACAGUCCUGUGGUUCUGGACCCAAACUCUGCCUAUCCAGGACUCAUCCUAUCUGAAGAUCUGACCAGAGUGAGAUUUGGAGAGAGACAGAAGCUUCCUGACAAUCCAGAGAGGUUUGACUCCUAUGCCUUAGUCCUGAGCUCUGAGGGUUUUGACUCAGGGACUCACAGCUGGGACGUCCAGGUUGGAGACAGUCCAGUCUGGUUUCUGGGUGUAGCUGCAGAGUCUGUUGAGAGGAAGGGGAAAGAAAAAGCUCGAGCUAAAUCAUGGACAAUAUGGUUUAAUGAGGGUGAAUACAGAGCACGAUCUCCAUCAGAUCCCUCCACCGUUCUCUCAGUGAAGAAGCUCCAGAGGAUCAGAGUGAAUCUGGACUGGACCAGAGGAAAACUCUCGUUCUCUGAUCCUGAUACUGACACACACAUACACACCUUCACACACACUUUCACUGAGAGGAUGUUUCCGUACUUUAACACAAUCAAAGAUUUUCCUCUGAAGAUAUUACCAGUGAAGAUCAGUGUCACUACAGAACAAAGAUGAAGAACAUGAUGGUUUAAGAUCUUUAAUACUU